UUCUCUUCAUCUCUUUGUAAUCUUUUCCCUCUCUCUAACAACCCAUUUCAUGUUUUCAACCCAACUUGAAUUGGGAUUUCUCAAAAACCGUUCUUUUUCAACCAAAUUUCUCAACUUUGGCUCAAUCGAACAUCACCCCAACUUCAAGUUUCUCCAUCAGUUUUAUUGACUUGACGUUUUUCUGUUUCGCUACACUGCAAGAUCUUGUUAUAGGAUAUAACAAAAUGAUUUCCAGUGUGUGUCAAGGCCUGCAGUCGCAUGUCGAGUCCCAUGUUCUGAGUCUGCAGUUGUUUCCUCAGGAACCAAGUUACCCCACCACCAACGGAGUCUCCCAAAGAAAAUAUGAAAAAGAAGUAGAAGCAAAUUCAAAAAAUGGUGAAAAUAUUGAAAGGUGGCGUUUCCUUCAACCUCUCUCCAAUGGACAUCAAGAAGAAGACAAGAUGUAUAUCACUCAUUCAUUCACAAAGCUAAGCAAGAAAAGCUUAGAGAUGUGCACUGAAAGCUUAGGCAGCGAGAGCGGAAGCAACAUGGGAGAGAACGACAUCUCUUUAUUGACAUUGAUAUCAGACGAGGAUUUUCGCGCCAACGUCAGACCAAAUUCAACAUCAUCAUCUCACAGGAAAGUCAUUAGAAAAUACACCACAUAUCCACCUCCAUUAACAUCAAUAAGUGGCUCCACAAGCGUCAGAGUCGAGUCCUACCGGAAAGAUGGACGACUGGUAUUGAGAGCCAUGGUAUGUUCUACUUCUCCCACUGGCUACUUCCAAGCAGAACGUAGCCAUGGGAGACUUAAACUUCAGCUUGUGAAACAAAUUGAAAAGAGAGGUGAUCAAGAAGAUGGAGAUGAUGAUCAGGAAGUUGAAGAAGAACUCAACUUGGUUGAUGAUGAUGUAGAAGAAAUGGGAAUGGAAAGUUUUGGAAGGCCACUCAGUUGCAGCAAAAGCAGAUGCAAACAAGGCAGGCACCAGAGCAAAGAGUUGCUCAAUUGGGAGCCACUAUGGGUUUCUACUUAAUCAUUGAUUAAUCAAUAUAUAAUUAAGAUCUCUAAUUAUGAUUUCUAAGUAAAAUUAUUACCUCAUUUCUAUUUCUAAAAUCUUCCUUUUUCCCAUUUUCCAUUGUAUCUUGAAUCUCAUCCAACAAAGGGAAGAUCUCUAAUUAUGAUUUCUAAUUGUUCACACCAUGGGCAGCUGCUUAAUGAGUUAGUUAAGUUAGUUAGUUGUGAAUUUAUUGUUAGUUCAACCCUUUCUUUC